AUGGCGGACGUUGCUGACCCAUCGUCAGAACUUAUUAAUGAGCUACGAGCACUUGUAGUUAGCGGCAGCGGCUUAGUACCACUUGACGAGAGGAAGGUACACACUGUUGUGGAAAACAUGACUGAUGCGUUUCGUCACUUGGAGUCCAUUUCACGGAACCCGUUUGCUGAUCCUUCUCAACCUUAUUACUCCGGCGCCAUGAGGUUUUACAAAGCCAAAUGCUUGAGGGAUAAGCGCUGCGUGGUGGCAUACUUGCUGUGGAGACAGUCGCAGAUCACGAAGUCAUGGUGGGAGGCCCGGGACAACACAAUCUCGAACAUGUUAGCUCCGUGUGAGCGAACAUUCUUGCAGGAUUAUAAUGAUGUCAUGGUAGAGUACAUGACGUCGUUUGCGGUUCCACUAGAUCUUAGGUCAUUCACGUGGCGUCCCCCUUCCACGCAGCAGUUGGAGGUGAGGGGACUGGUAAAUCAUGUGUUCGUUUCCUCCAUCACCGGAGCUGUGAUUAACCUUUACAAGGGUAAACAGAUUCUUUUGGGAUUUGAAGAGGCCGAAUCGCUUAUCCAGCAGGGGGUGGUAGAGCUUGUGGAGUAG